AUGAUGCAAUUUAUCAGAAGACCUGCUGAGUAUCACAAAUCGAGAUUCACAAUGAUGGCGGAGGCAAAAGUAAAAUCAGAAUAUGUUGUGUCGGACCCCAAAAAUGGGGCUGGCCCCAGACGAAAGUCGUCGACAACUCCACAAAGCAAGGACGAUCAGUCGUGGAGACAGGAUAUGCUCAUGGCAUUGCAAAACAGUGCUAAUCCUGAACCAAUUCGUGUUGCGUGCAUGAAAAGCAAUGUUAAUGGCCCUGCUCAUUUUGGAGAAGUAUUUCAUGGUACUUUAUCACGAGACGAAGUCACAGAGUUACUAUCUGGUGGAAAUGGACGAUAUCUGGUUCGAGAAAGCAACAGUUCACCAGGUGAUCACAUACUGUCAUUUAGUACUGGCGGGAAUAUAUUGCACUAUAAGUUGUUCUAUGAUGCUGAUACAGCGAAGUAUCACACUGAGUCUGACGAAAAGACUUAUAAUACACUUACUGAUCUGAUGGUGGACAUUUUGAACAUGCUGCGAGUCAUCCAUCAGUAUGGGAGUCAGAUAAAUGGAACUCCUAAUGAUCUGAAAGUGGACAAGGCAAGAAAAGGGAAGCGUCCAUCAUUCACAAAGCCACAUAGUUUUCGAAUUCAUCAAUACAUGCAUCCAAAGUGGUGUGAUAUUUGCCAUGCAUUCAUGUGGGGCUUAAUGCAUCAGGGCAUGAAAUGUCAAGACUGUGGAUUGAAUGUCCAUAAACAUUGUGUCAAAGAUGUUGAGACUAACUGUGGCACUUGCACUGUUGAAAUGAGAAACAGACCAGAGCCCAAGGGCAAACGUCGUGGCCGACUGUCAAGUGACCAGGGCCGACCUGAUGAACUGUAUUCAUUACUCGAAGAGCACAUUGCAUGUGGCUACCAACUAGACUGUCUGAAAUAUUUGUCAAGUCUUAGACAACCAGUGACAAAGUUUGACUUACAGACACUGAUGAAUCCAUGUUAUUGUGACAACUGUUGUCACUUGAAAGAUUUGGACACCCCUCUGUGUAAAACAGGCUCCCCCGCUCAAGCUUAUUCAUUGCCACUGGGUUGGUGUCGAUUCCGACUGAACAUAGUACCAAAGGACACUUUAGACGAAGUCACCACAUGGAAUGUUGCAUAUUAUUCACCUCCAGCAGAAAUGCUAUCAAGCAUUCUUGAGAAAGGUUUGGGCGACAAAUCUGAUUCUUCGUGUCUCGACGGCAAGGUGUUUGUGAAGCUUACACCGUCGAUAAUUUGUGCAGACCUUGAUUCACCCGAGAUUGAGUACCAAGACUCGGACGUGGAUGAACUUAAGGUAGCAAAGAUUGCUUUACAAGUUUAUGUCAAACCUGGAUCAUUUCAAACCAUGGGACGAGCAGGAGGCUCACCAACUGAAGAGAUUGAUCCGUAUUUUCAAAGUAAGGAUAUUUACUGGGUUGUACGAGAGCAUGAAGCUGUUAUUCCAUUUGGUGUUUUGAUUAAGAGAAUGAGAACAACCCAUAAGAAGUCGUAA